CGCCGCCAUGGCCGCCGCCGUCGCGACGCGCGUCGUCCUUGCUUGCUGUCUGUGCGCCGUCCUCUUCAGCUGCUCUCUGCCCACAGUGUCCGGAGCAUGGCCUUGGGAAGUGGGUCUGCUGAAGAACAAGACAACAACAACCGAGGCUACGCCGUCCAAAAGUUCAACUUUAACGACGGGCGCACCAAGCACGACGACUUCCACACCGCCCACCCCAGAGUCAACGCCUCGUCCUCGGUCUCGCCCCAGGAGCAACUCUAAGAAGCAUCAUCACCUCCACACAUCCACAACUCCGCAACCGACAACAAAGGACUACACCAUUGGCACGACUACCACCACCGAAGCGCCCCCGCCUUCCGUCCCACAAGUCGUUGUCCAAACGGAUCCCCAACUCUUUGCUUCUGUCCAGCCUCAACUCCCAGCGGUCCCUCCACCCGAAAUGUCACCCAUAGUUAUCGUCGAGCCUGACUCCUAUCCCGAUGCUAACCGUGCUUACCGCUCAAUGUACGAACAACCAUACGGCAGCAUGUAUCCACCUCCAAUGUCGUACGCACCUCCAGUUCCAUACUAUUCUCCUCCACCGCCACCGCCGCUGGCGCGAUAUCCCUCCCCGUAUGACCCCUACGCAUUCGGAGGGUAUCCCAGCUAUCAGUGGCCAGCGAUCGAACCAUCCUACCUGCGGCCUUAUCGCUCAUACCCCUUUGCACCUAUGCCCUCUCUACAGAGCUAUCCAAUUGACUACUCACCAUACCCAUGGUGGCAGCCUCAGGUUCAGGGGAUGAUGGUAGGUGCAGAUGGCUCAGCUGCACCAGCCAUCCAAGGUGGAUGCACCUCAGAGCCAAAACGUGACCGCGAAGAGUUGACACCUGCACUAAAGGACGCGCCAGUGGACCAGAAGGUUGAGGAACCUUCCCCAACAUACGUCAGUCUCCUGCCCAGCUACACUGCCAAAGUGGAUUCACUUGCCACCCCAACGAGGACGAGAGAGGGGAGCAAUGUGAAGGUAGAAAAGCCUUUCAUUGUGGAGGAAAAGGCAGAGCAACCUAACAUUGCCCCAGGAAAUAAUGCUUAUGGCAUGGUUGAUACUGUUGGGAAGGAGAACCACAUUCUGAGAAACAAUCCUUACCAGCCAGCGCCACCGAGUUCAUAUUGGCCCGGAUACUACGAGCAGAAUCAGUGGCCACAGUGGAAUCAGUGGCAGCAGUGGCCGGGUUCUCAGCAGUCCCAGUAUCCGUACAGUGUGGGACCACAGCAGCCAUCAGUAGUGCAGUCCCAGAAAAGACAGGCUCCAUUCUAUGGGUGGGGAGGACGGCAGUACGCGUAAGUGGUACUUCUCUCAGGCAAAUGACUGUCUCCGAGUGCGAAAUACAUUUUAAUUUUCACCUUUAGUAAGUCUCUACCUUUAAAAAAUUUAGUGCACUACUUCUUUGCCGUCUGCAGAGGGAAUAGGCCAAUCCGUUCGCCUAAGAAAUCGUGGCAAUAUAAUCGAAUCUAAAACAGAACGGCAUGGGAAGAAGAUUACCGCCGCUGACGGUGGAUAACGUUCAGAAGAGUCACUGAGGCUGCUGCUAUGCUAUAAUGUCACUUUAUCGCUUAGCUCAAGAAUUUUUUUUAUUUUUUCCAGGUCUUACCAUUUCUAAGAAGUAAUGAAGCACUGCACAACAAAACGACUUAUAUAUCAUUCAUGUAGUGAAGUAU